CGAGAGGAGAGAAGCGGGGGAUAGUCCGAAUUCGGCCCCUAUCCAGACGUGCGAUUAACUGGCCUAGCCUUUCUCGGAACGAACGGCGUCAUCACCUCUCUCCUAAUCGACUUGACACGCCUUUAUCCCCAACGGCUGCGCAGUGAACCCCUGAUCUGUGCCACCAUGUCUUCGCGACUUCUUAAACUUCCGCGGGAGCUUCGAGAUCUUAUCUAUGGCUACGUUCUCGUAUGCGAUGUGAUUCUUGUUCAAAGCGCAGCCGUCCUAUUGGAUGCCACGGUUUGCCGCAGUACCCGUGAGCUCGACAAGGCUUACCCGUUGAGACGUUUACGCGCCCACCGACGGAUCUGGCUGACACCUCGCUUCGACAUUGGUCUGACGUCCGCGGAGUACGACUCAAGGGAUGGGCCUACAAACAUCCGAAUGACAUAUCAACUUGCAAAUCCAUCAGACACGUCGUCCAACCACAUCGAAAUUCGGUUAUUGCAAACAUGCCGGCAGAUCUAUCACGAAGCUAGAAAGGUCUUUUAUGGGCAGAAUCUCUUCAGCUUUACGGAAAGCCUCAGCAUACCGACCGCUUUCGCGUUCUUGUGCGACAGGCCUCCCGAAUCCCUCAAGCUUAUCUCCUCCAUGAAGCUUGCUCUAGUGGAAGCGAGCAAUAUGAGAGGCACUAUUGGAGCUCAUUAUCCCGUUCUCCGCAGGUCAACAGACUCGCUCGUGCUGCAAUUCGCUUAUAACCACUUCACGGACCUCUGUACUCUCUUGUCCACUACGCGCAUGGGUUUACGGAGGCUUCAUUUGAUGAUCAGCAGUUCUCAUCAGCGCUACGACACUGCACCUUCUUCAGCGGAAGAGUGUUUGUUGUGGGAAGCACAGAUGACCGUUGGGCCAAGACCGUGGGUCGCUUCCUGGAUCGAACCAUUGUUGAAAGUGGAAACACUCGAACAUCUCCACGUACAUUGGAACUUUGAUCGUCCACGGCUGCGAAGAGUGGCAGAUACAAUAUCUCACAUGCGGCGCCACAUGCUUGCAGGACCACAAAGCAAGCUAGCGGAUGGAUCAGGCUCAUGCGUCGAUUCCAGGCUCGACUUCCAUGUGCACUACCGAGUCGCCGUGCAGAAUGGCAUAUCCAUCAGCCGUGAAUUCUCCAGAAAAGAGAUGCUCAACGGCGAUUGCGUGUCAGAGGAUGACAGGGUUCGAUCGAGCGAGGAAGAUUUGACGAGCGCUUGGCAACGACAGGUCCGAGAGACAUUCAAGGCUUCAGGAUGUCUUUAGGCUAGGGCUUAUCAGCAAGGUUCUGUGAGGACAAUAGAUUCAUGUUGCGGUGGCUUCAUAAGCGCGUUGUGACACCAUUCGAUCUACCUCGGGGCUGAGACCUCGGCAUGUAAUUGGUGGUUGGUAGAGUUCUGAAAAGAAAGAUGGUGCAGCAACGCGAUUGUCAAGCAAGGAGCUCUUGCCAAGUGUCCUCAGUUAGGCGCAUUCCAAGAUAUUCAUCUCAGACCUGGACAUACGAGGCACAGCAUGAUAGAGGCAAUGUUUGCUGUAUCAACUACGCCGCAGCAUAAUGGCGGU